AAGUCAACGGUCAGGCUGACAACCAUUAUAAUUUUAAUAAUGUCAUUUGCUGUCAUCUCACAUUGACAUACCAUACAUUAGCCAGAAGUAUAAUUAUUUCCCGAUCUUGCUGACAUUUUUCAAAAGCAGUAACAAAUUACAUAUAAAAAUGUCUGACGCUCCUGUUGGUCGCCCUAUGAAAUUCCCUUACACUUUUUCUGCCAAGAUAGCGCAAUUUCCAAUUAAACAUUACAUUAAUAAUCAAUGGAUCUGGAAAUAUUAUUUCAUCUCAGUUGUGGCUUGUCUACCAAUUUUCUAUAAAAUUCACAAGCUAGCAAAUUCACCAGCAAAUGUUAGAAACUGGGCUGAGUCAAAACGUAAGGAAGAGGCCGAACAUCAUCAUUAAAAUAUAUAGUUUGAUAUAUGUAUUUAUGGCUACAAAAUUAGAUCAUUAAAUUGUUCCCACUUAAAUAAAUGUAAUUUUAGUGGUAUAAA